GUUGUGAGAGAGACCAGUGAUAAUCAGCUGAUUAAUUUGACAUGUGUACUGUGUGAAUCAAUGAUUGUCACCCUCAUCACAAACACACUGUUAAUAAUAAACAAUUACGUACAUAUAAAAAAAAUUUACUCUCCCGACAAUUCAAUUUCCAACUCUCUAUCUUCAUCCUCUAUCAAAAUAAAUUUAAUCAACGAUAUUGAAGUCAAAUCAUUUUAAAACGAGUACGUGACAACAAGCCACAACAGCUCCAAGAAAUAUAAAUUUAAAAAUGUGGAAAAGAGUUAGUAAUUUUGCUGAAUUAUCAUGGAAAUUGAAUAAUCAUAAAAUAAUAAGAAAAAUGUCACUUAUUCGAAAUCAAGGACUGAUAAAUGGUGAAUGGGUAUCAUCAAUAAAUUCCGAGACAUUUAAUGUUGAAAAUCCAGUUGAUCAAUCAAUAAUAACUCAAGUACCAGAUAUGAAUAUUGAUGAUACAAAACUAGCAAUAAAUGCAUCAAAAAUAGCAUUUGAUAAAUUUAGUAAAACAACAGCAAAAGAACGUAGUGAUUUAUUACGUUCAUGGUAUAAUUUAAUGGUUAAAAAUUCUGAACAACUUGCUGAAAUAUUAACAAAAGAAAAUGGUAAAUCACUUGCUGAAUCACGUGGUGAAAUAAAAUAUGGUAAUUCAUUUGUUGAAUGGUUUUCUGAAGAAGCAAGAAGAAUAAAUGGUGAAAUAUUACAAGCACCAAUGAAUAAUCGUGAAUUAAUGAUUAUAAAAAGACCAAUUGGUCCAGCAGCAUUAAUAACACCAUGGAAUUUUCCUCAUGCAAUGAUUACAAGAAAAGUUGGUGCUGCAAUUGCAGCUGGUUGUACAUGUGUUAUAAAACCAUCUGAAGAAACACCAUUAACAGCAUUAGCACUUGGUAAACUUGCUCAAGAUGCUGGUUUUCCACCAGGUGUUAUUAAUAUUAUAACAACUGGACCUAAAAAUUCAGCAUCUGUUGGUAAAUUAUUAUGUGAAGAUCCAAUAAUACGUGUUCUAUCAUUUACUGGUUCAACAAAUGUUGGUAAAAUAUUAUAUAAACAAUGUUCAUCAACAAUUAAAAGAUUAUCACUUGAACUUGGUGGUAAUGCACCAUAUAUUGUAUUUAAUAAUUCAAAUAUUGAACUUGCUGUUAAUGGUGCAAUGGCAUGUAAAUUUAGAAAUACUGGUCAAACAUGUGUAUCAGCAAAUCGUUUUUACAUACAAAACAAUGUAUUUGAUGAAUUUUUAAAUAAAUUUAUUCAAAAAAUUAAUAAUGAUAUUAAAAUGGGUGAUGGAUUAUCAUCAAGUACAACACAUGGUCCACUUAUUAAAAAAAGUCAAAUUGAUAAUAUUGAAAAUCUUGUUAAUGAUGCCAUUAGCAAAGGUGCUAAAUUACAUUGUGGUGGUAAACGUUUGAAUAAUAUUGGUUCAUUAUUUUAUGAACCAACAGUUUUAACUGAUGUUACUGAAAAUAUGAAUAUUUAUGAUCGUGAAAUAUUUGGUCCAGUUGCUGUUUUACAUCGUUUUGAUAAUGAAGAUGAUGUAUUGAAAAAAGCAAAUAGUGUACCAGUUGGUUUAGCUGGUUAUUUUUGGUCAAAUGAUGUAUCACAAAUAUUUAGAGUUGCUAGAAAACUUGAAGUUGGUAUGAUUGGUGUUAAUGAAGGGCUCAUAUCAUGUACUGAAGCUGCAUUUGGUGGAGUUAAGGAGUCAGGUCUUGGUAGAGAAGGUUCAUCACAUGGCAUUGAUGAUUUCAUUGAUAUUAAAUAUCUUUGUAUUGGAAAUAUUCAAUAUUAAUAUCAUAAAAUUAUCAUUAUAUUAUACCAAAAAUUCUGUGGCUAUACAAUUAUUUUUAAAUGUUUAUUUUCAUUAAAUAAUUACUCCAUUUGUUUUAGAAAUAAAUAACAAUUUAAAUUAAAAUCUUCUUUAGAAAUGAAAAGUAAAAAAUGAUUUUAUAUUAAAUUUCGAAUUAGCCACAGAUGUAUUUACUAAUAAAUUACUCAGGAGAAUAUUAUAUAUAUUUAAUCAAUGUGAUAAAUUGUCUUCCAAUAAAUUUAAUCAUGGAUAAAUAAAUAAACAAAUAUAAUAC